AUGGCUGCCCCGCAGGUAUCUGCUGCGCAAGCCAUCGGCGAGUACCUCCAGUCUCCUGACGAUCUCCUCAAAAUCUCAGCAUUCCGGAAGAAACUGGAGAAAGAGAAGGCUUCAAUUGAUGCCAGACUCAAAAGUGGCGUCAAAGAGCAGCUUGAUGCAACUCGGGAGGGGCUCACGAAAUUGCUUGGGACGCGAAACAACGUUCAGGUCAUAAAGGAGGAGAUGCAGAUUGUGGACAGGAUGUGCUCCGACCCUCAAAAUGUUGUGUCAACCUUCGACCAGAUCAGCAGGGUGUCUAUGGUGCACAGGAAUUUCGAACAGACGGAGGAGAUGGUCAACAAUCUGCUGGAGAUGAACUCGAAGCUCGAUGUACUGGAGGAAUUAUUGGAAGUGGAGAGCAGGAUCAUCAUUGGGCCCGCUCCUAAUCUCCUUCCAAUCCACUUUCACAUCAACCGUCUGGAGGCAUUCCGAAAUCAGACCAUGCAUCAAGCAAAGAAAGCUUCUGCCAACUCGCGCCAGAAACUUGCGCGUAUGUUUGAGCGGUUGAACAAGCUCAUUGAAAACUUCGAGACAUACAUCAUGGAGUUAGCCUGCAAUGUGCUGCCACUUGUUCGUGCAGGGUAUCCGCAAGUUGUGGUAAAGCUCAUAAAGAUCGCGGAGCUCGAGGCACGGGAAGACGAAAAGGCUAUCGCUAUUAGGCUCGUCAAAAAAGCUGCCAAGAUGGAUGCAGCAUCUAAAUUCAAGUCCAUGCAGGCAAAUGCCCGUAUCAUUAAGCACUACCGCUCUAAAGUAACCAAAGCCAUAUCGGACUCUAUUAAGGCUAAUUUUGACGACGCAUAUACGCGACAUCAGCACGACCCUGGCGCCUUUCUCGGUGGCCUUAGUUGGAUAUAUCAAGACCUCAUCCGCAUCGAAAGCGAUGUGGUACCAUGCUUUCCGCCGAACUACGAGAUGCAUGCGUUCUAUAUCAAAGACAUCAUGCUCGACCUUCAUGCAUGGAUUAAGGAGUACAAGAAGAGCAUGACAGAGUUGAAUGUAGCUCCGGAGCUCCUUGAUCCACCGUUGCUCGGCGGCGAGGAGCAGAGCCUUAUCGAGGACUACUUAAAAUUGAUCGUCAAGAAGCUCGAUGAAUGGUCUACGAACCUGAUGAAGACAGAGAUUCAGGAGUUCAUCACGCGCUCGGAUCCACCUGAAGUGGACAGCGAUGGACUCUAUGGCACGCAGGGCGCGGUUAUCCUGUUCCAGAUGGUGAACCAACAAAUCGAUGCAGCGACAGAAAGUGGUCAAGGAACUAUCCUUGCUCGUGUGGUGGGCGAGGUGAAUCGAGUUAUGCGGAACAUACAGGAUCAAUGGACCAAAGUUGUUGAGGCAGAGCUGAAGAAGCAGACGGAGAAACCGGAGGAGGUCGUCGGGGGUCUGGCAGAGUAUUGCAUUGCACUUGCCAACGACCAGAUCAAGUCCGCCGAUAACACCGAGGCGCUUCUAGGACGACUCGAACCCCUUGUAUCAGAGAAAUACCGAACGCCCAUUAGUGAGAAGCUUAAUGACGCCAUUGAUGGAAACUUGGAUGUUGCGAAGAAAUGCAUCCAGACAUUCAUUGAUAUUAUCCUCAACGACUUGAAGCCCGCGACUAAGCAACUUUUCCAGCCAACAUGGUACGACGGUAUCAUGGAACAGAUCGUGCUUACGAUGCGGGAUUACAUGGCCGAUCAAUCUUAUAUCAAUCCAUCACUCCUCGAGCUUCUUGUCGAGUAUCUGCUUGACGCCUUCCUGGUUACUUAUCUUACUGCACUCGCCAACUGCCCAAAACUACGCAUACCAGCAGCAACGGAGCGCAUCAAAGAGGACAUCAGUACUGUGUUCUCCUUCUUCAGCGGGUUCAAACCCACCAAAGAGAUCGAGCCAUACUUUGAGGUAGUGGACUUGAUUUUAGCGAUGUUGGAAGCGUCUAAAAGCAUGGCAUUCCUGUCGUUUUGGGCCUUCGCGAAAGUACACGGGCCAUGUAUACCGUUUGUGGAAGGAUUGAUGAAAGUUCGGGGAGAUCUCGAUCGUUCUGCUGUCAGCGAAGUCAUGGAUAGCAUCAAGCGGAAAGUAAAAGAUGAAGGCCUAACUGAUCCUCCGGAGCCGACGAUCAUGAAGAAGAUAACGGUUCAAAGCACGCUAUCACGUUUCUUGCGGACAUAA